CGCUCUCACAUUCCUCUCUGCUUCGAGUCCGGUAGAGUCACAAGAUACUUUUCAAAUAGUAGUUCAAUCAUCCAGUGUCCAGAGUUGUUUACGAGGAUAUUCUCGAGUUCGCGGGGUGUAAACGACGCGUUUUAGUGUGACCUCUGCAGGAGAUUGUAUGAUUGUUGUUUGACAGCUGUCAGAGACGAUUCGCCAGCAGCAACGAGAAUGGAAUGGUACCGUCCGCAGAAUCGCAAGACCACACAUAUCGCGGUCUGAUUUAAAAUCAAAGUCGCAGUGAUGGGCAGCGAAUAACUCGGGAUCCUAUUCGCGUUGUCACGAGCGUUGUGACGUUGCACCGCAUCAAAACGAGUUGUUGUCUCGCAGACCGAUCUUACGGCGGAUGUAAUCUCAGCGCGUCAUGGCGAGUAUGAUUGAGAACAUUGUUUGCGGCGGCUUCGUGUUCUUUAACAACUUCGAUUCGGCUAACCUGGCCAAAGUGGAGCAAGUUAAAGUACCGGGUGUUUCUAACCAAGAUGCUUGUGAAAUUGAAGGCAAAUUGACAGAUGGCUCUGACUCCAAAGGCAUACAAGAUUAUGAGUUUAACUUGUGGACGAAGCAUGACUGUCACGGCACGCAAUUUCAAAACAACAACAGAACGUGGUUUUAUUUUGGCGUGAGAUGCGGUCGUCCUGAUUCCUCUGUCAGAUUUAAUAUAGUCAAUUUGAACAAGCAAGUCAAGAUGUUCAGUCAAGGAAUGUGUCCAGUGUUUAAGAUCGUACCGGGACACUCGCAUUGGGAACGAAUACGUGAAAAACCUACGUACACUCUUGACCAGAGAGGAAGUGACUUUACUUUGUCGUUCCUUUAUUAUACUCCGAAUGAUACGAAAGCUGUCACUUACUUUGCUUUUACCUAUCCAUUCUCGUAUACUGAUUUACAAAAUUACUUGAAAAGAGUCGAUCAGAGAAUGGGUAAGAGUAGUGUAACCUGUGUGGAUGAUGUUUACUAUCACCGAGAAUGCGCGAUAAAAUCCCUGGAGGGUCGUAGACUAGAUGUACUGACAGUAAGCUCUUAUCGUAACAUAUCGAUGGAGAGAGAAGAUAGACUGAAUAAUAUGUUUCCCGAGAAAAAUGAGGAGAGGCCUUACAAAUUUCGAAACAAAAAGGUAAUUUUUAUUAGUGCCAGAGUGCAUCCAGGCGAGACGCCAUCUAGCUUUGUCCUGAAUGGUUUCCUCAAUUUUUUACUAAAUCGCCAAGAUCAAAUCGCCAUCAUUUUACGUCGAUUGUAUGUGUUCAAAUUGAUACCGAUGCUCAAUCCGGAUGGCGUUGCCGGAGGACAUUACCGAAUGGACACUAAAGGAGUAAAUCUAAAUAGAGUUUAUCUGAAUCCUUCCGAAGUUGAUCAUCCCACGAUAUAUGCUGCGAGAAACUUGAUAAGAUAUUACGACCAUUCUUAUCAACUACCGAGUGGAUUGAGUGACGAAUUGUCGGCUAUAAGUUUAGAAAUUGUGGAUAAAGACGUAAACCUUACAGAUUCGACUGCUUCGAUAGCAAACGCUGUACGUGAUACAACCGCAAGACUGUUGCAGCAAGUACGAUCUACAUUUGUUGAGUCUCUUUUAGUGAUUUUGCUUCAUAUUGCUAACACGUUUGUGCACAAUUUUCCAAGAGUUGAUCGGGUAACGCUUAUGUCACUGGAUGAGAAGAGCAAAUGUACCGUCGAAACUAACAAGAAACGUUUAUUGACGUUAAGAAAACUCAACGAUACAGCAAUUGACAAAGAAAGUGAAGAAUUGUCUAAGGAAGCUAGAAAAGAUAUCGAUAUCGCGAGAGAUGAGACUGAUGAUAAAAUAAUUUAUACAGCUGUCGGGACAGGCCAAGUUGCAAAAUCGUCAGAUAAUAGCGGAUUAUAUUUAUAUAUCGAUCUUCAUGGACACGCUUCGAAGAAAGGUGUCUUUAUGUACGGAAAUCAUUUUACCGAUCCAGAAGACACUAUUACGUGUAUGCUACUACCAAAAUUGAUGUCUAUCAAUAAUCCGCACUUUCAUUUCACGUCGUGCAAUUUUGCAGAAAAAAACAUGUACAUUAUAGACAAACGAGAUGGUAUGUCGAGAGAAGGUUCGGGACGCGUAGCGGUGUACAAGAUGACUGGUCUGAUACGCAGCUAUACUCUAGAGUGUAAUUAUAACUCUGGCCGUUUGGUGAAUACAAUACCCGCUAGAAUUCGCGAUGGAGUGAACAAAACUAUUAAUCACAUGUUUAUUCCUCCGAAAUAUACUCCGGCAAUGUUUGAAGCGGUUGGAGCAGCAUUAGGUCCUUCCAUUCUUGAUCUCACCAAUGAUAAUCCCAACAGCCGAUUGCCAAAUAGCCAAUAUCGUUCUCUAAGAGGAGUAAAAUCUCAUUUGAAAUUAACAUACGUAAACAAUCUUUCUGCACCGUCCGGCAGAUCAAUGCAUAAGGACUGCGAAGGCGUCACCGCGCAGAAUACCUGUAUAUUGAAAGAAUUAGAAACAAAACUAAACGACGCGGUGAUGGGAACGAAGAACGUCAUAAAAAGUGAAAGUAAUUUGGUAAAAAAAUGUCUCUUUCGUCGCGGUGCAGCUCUUUAUACAGCGAUGAAAAGAAUUAAGGCAAGUAAAAAGCCGCGACAAACAUCGACUCGACGAACGUUCAAGAAACAAUGUAGCAAUGAUGUGGAAAACGAUACCAUAAUUUGUGCGAUUAGCUCCGAAGGAGGAGCGAAGCCGUUUCAAAAGACGAUCGAUCGCCAUCGGCCGAACAGAUCCAACAAUACGGUCGGAUAUGUCGAUCUGACUCUCGAACCGCCGCGUUUUGACACUUAUACGAGUAAGAAAUUAACGCCGACGAAUAAUUCGGCUAAAACUAAUACAACUUGCGAAGAAACGGCGAUAGUGAGACACGGCGCGAAGAGAAUGAAGAUUGUUUCUAUAAACGCAUCUAAGGCUCUGCCCGAGACCGGAGAAUCGUCUUGCACCAUAGAGAAGGUUAACGCCAAAGUGUCUUCGAGAAUACCGCACGCUUGCAAACGGAACAUUGAAAGAACGUGCAACAGAGUUGGGAAAUAUUGCCGAUUGCCGACGGAAUUGAUGAAAUCGGUCGAAUCUUCCAGACUGAAAGAGGUGAAUAAGAAGUCUACCAAGGGAAACUCCAUAUCUGAGGGAGACAUCUGAAGUAAAAUGCGAAAUAAGCUCGACGUAGGGACGAUCAACUAACCAUCCAUUUGGUCAUUGGUUUA